GAUUCAUUUGAGCAAAUAAUUACAAAUAAGGCAAAUAACAGAGCAGUUACUGCAAACCUCAUAUUUCUACUGAAACCUACAAUAGCUGUUCGAAUACUUCCGCGCAGGCGCACAAUGAGCUACAGUCGGGCUACCAAACUGGUCAAACAGCGGGUGUAAAAAUGGUCCCGGUGAUGGCAUCCCAUUUCCCUACUCAUGUUACAUCUAUGACUGUAGUUAUCUGAGGGGCCCUCCCGGGUACAGCAUGUGCUUUUAGAAUCCACAACAUCCCCCUUCAGUGUGUUGCUCUUGGACAGGACAUAAUAACCACCACAGCGUCUUGGCUCACCACCUAUAAUGCGUGUUUGUCAGUGUGACAGACUAACCUUUUGAAAUAUCAUAAGCUGAAGUCUUCGCAGAGAGACAAGGUACGGCAGUUCAUGUCCUUCACACAGGCUGGGGAGAAGACAGCUGUGUACUGCCUCACACAGAAUGACUGGAAACUAGAAGUUGCUACCGACAACUACUUUCAGAAUCCAGAUCUCUACUGUAAAGAAUCCAUGAAAACGUCAGUAGACCGGAAAAAGCUGGAGCAGCUCUACAAUCGCUACAAAGAUCCCCAGGAUGAGAAUAAGAUUGGUAUUGAUGGGAUCCAGCAGUUUUGUGAUGACCUCUCGCUCGAUCCAGCCAGCAUCACUGUGCUGGUCGUUGCGUGGAAGUUUCGCGCUGCCACUCAGUGCGAGUUCACCAAGAAGGAGUUUCUGGAUGGAAUGACAGAGGUGGGGUGUGACAGCCCAGAAAAACUGAAGGCCCUUUUGCCAAGAUUAGAGCAGGAGCUGAAAGAUAGUGGGAAGUUCAAGGACUUCUACCAGUUCACCUUUAACUUUGCCAAAAAUCCUGGACAGAAGGGUCUAGACUUGGAGAUGGCUGUAGCCUACUGGAACCUGGUUCUGUCAGGACGAUUUAAGUUCCUUGAUCUUUGGAAUAGAUUCCUUUUGGAACACCAUAAACGAUCCAUCCCAAAGGACACAUGGAACCUAUUGUUGGACUUUGGUAACAUGAUCGCAGAUGACAUGUCAAACUAUGAUGAGGAAGGAGCAUGGCCAGUCCUUAUAGAUGAUUUUGUGGAAUUCGCUCGACCAAUUGUAACAGGAUCAAAACGUAAAACUCUCUAAAUCCAAUCCCAACUCUGGAAAGCCAGAACGUUGUUUCUUUUACAGUGACUUCAUAGUUUUUUGUACAAAAAAAGUGAAAAUUGUUGACUUCAGAGAGAAAACAGAAGCACUUGAAACUGUCAGGAAACCACAUUUCAGGGAGCUGAGUAAAAACAAUGAGAACAUCUGGCCACAUUUUUGUCCUUGUGAGACUGAGGCGUCACAUGGACAUUGCCAGAUUCACCUCUGUCUCUCCUGUUGGAUUCUCCGUAUCCUGGACGCCCCUCUGCUCUGCUCCAGGAGGAGCACUACCUGUCAGGCCACAGCCCCGUAAGUGGGGAUGGACACAGCACUGAGCGGCGGUUCACUGGCUGUAUGUACUCUAAAGGGACUGGAGAGGAGAAAACUGUGUGUUUUAAGAUUCUUCCUAGUCAGCUUUGUUUUGUUAUAUGAAGCUCCGAGUGACUGUGCAAAGUUCCCAUGUCUUACUCUAACUUUGGGACAGAGUGCUCACUACACCAGCACCAACAGAACUGUUGCAGUUUUUACUGUACAUACUGUAUCUAUUGGGACAGUUUACAAAGAGAGCUAUAUGAAGAAUAAUAUAAAUAUGUUCAAUUUAUAAAUGCAAAAGAUGAUUCUUUAGUGUACAGUAAAUGCUAAGGUCUCUAACGGGAUGCCUCAAUAUCGUGGAUGACAUGCUGUUGGUUUAAUUGUUAGGUGGAUCUGUCAAGUCAUGGAGUUGUGAGCUUCUCAUUGAAAGCAUGUUAGACACAUUUUAUGUCACCUCGGGCUGGUUUCACAAAUACAUUUUCACUACAGUAAAGGCAGUGCUUUAAUUUAGAUCAUUGAUAUUGGUUUGUGGUAUUCAUUUGUCAGGUUAGUCUCAGUUGGGUCUUGAAUCCUAAAUGUAACAUAGUCAGUCCUCUCCACAGUACCACCAUUUAGCUGUUGAGGAAAGACUUGUUUUUAUCAGGUGAUCUCUCUGAGGCAUUAAUGAUGCUAAAGUGACCAUUCAGCAGCAUUUAAGUAAAAUUUAAAGUUAAGAAAUUACAGGCCCUUGGGAUUGCAUGGCACAUAUCUGUAUGUUAUGGCAGUGCGAAGCCCUGAGUUCAGAAGCCAGGACACUAAAGAGGGCAACAACAGGACGACGAAGUAAGUCUUAAGAAUAAAUAUCUGUCUGUUCAAUAUUUAUGUUUCCGUUCAAGCCCAUCUGUCCAGUGUUACUGAAGGUAGUGAAAAUUAGAAUAUAUUGUUGAUACAUCAUGUAAGUAGCUUAAGUAUAUUGUUCAUUUAAGAAAGAUGAAUAAAGCAUGAGUUUUUCCAUAA